AAUAGAUUUUAUUGAAUUACGUUAUCAUUUAGAACAUGUUUGAGUUUGAUAUAUCGUUGCCACCACUACGUAAAGCACUUAAGAUAUUUAUAGUUAACUAGAAACCGUACCAAAAUACGUAAUAAAAUUUAAAAAGUUUUCAGUUUAAUUAAACUAUAACAAAUUUGUUCACAAGUUUUAACACCAAACACAUAAUUUGUAUCUUUUACACGUACCGAUGGCCUGUAACAAUCACGUAGCACAUAGAGACAACGGAGGCAAGAUAUUAUCCAUCAAAGGCAUACGCGGUAAGUCGUGGGCGUGCAAUGGGUCUGCUAAACGGACGCGAAAGGUAGGUCCGUUCAGACCUGACGGUACGGAAACCAUAAAGUUUGUUAGUGCGGUGUCCAAGACGCACUCCAAUGGCGCAAACGUUAAGUUAUCGUGCGGCAAGUUUCGUCGAGGAAGCGGCAAGAACUCGGUGGGCACAGUAGACCAAGCGAUCCUCGAGAGAAAAAUAUUUACCGCGGUGGCCAAGAUGCCGGCCGAGAUACAGACGAAGUUGAUCGAGAAUGGCUGGAUCGGCAAAAUUCCGGUCGACGACGACUAUUUCCGACGGGCUGGCUCCACCGUAAUAUUAUCGUUACACAGCAAUGCCGAGCGCGUCAAGGCGGUCGUCAAGCGUUACGAGUCCGGUCUGGUGUGGAUGGACGAGAACAGCAGCGGCGUCAACUGGAUGACGCUAAACCCGGACGUCGUGGUCAACCGGUUCCCGAGGAACGCGAACGCCCCGUUGAAAUUGUGUGGCCACGCUUUGGCUGGGAAAUCCGAGUUUGACGUCUACUACCCGAGGGCGUACUCAGCAAGCACCGACGGGAUACACGUGGACAGCUUCAUCGCGGACUACUCGUUAACCGCUUGCGUGUCGUUACUGCGUGCAUUCGUGGAUGGCGGUCAUCAUGCUAUGUGUGCCAAAAACGGUCAAGUUCCUCUUUCGGCACUCCAUUUCGCCGCGAUUAAAUGCCACCAAUACUUAACGGGUGGCAAAUCGCUAGGGGCAACAACGUUUCCGGGUAAGGGAGCUGGCUGGGAAACGUUUUUCGAACACUAUUACAUGAUCGUGCACGACCGGAAGAAGUUUUCUGUGCCAGGGACGGGUGAUGAUGUGGAUGCGGCGUUGUGCUAUCUGGUGGCGUCUAGUAGACUGAUCGUGAACCAGAUGACGGCGGCGAGGCCACAGACGACGAUGGACGGCUACGAGAACAUUUGGAUAGUCAAGGAUACGGUGGGCCACCACCGGCCAGUGAUGUUGAACAAGAUCGGUGACGUGCUAGACCGUUGCGCACGGGAGGGUGACGACGACCGCAUCGUGCAGAAGUACAUUGAAACGCCGCUGCUGCGUGACAACGUCAAGUCGGACGUGCACACGUGGAUCGUGCUAUCAACUCUUGACGACAAGCUGUCGGUGUGGCUGCACCGGAUGUGCGCCGUGCAACCGUACCCACACGGAUUCUCACUGUACCGGAACUCCGACAGGUCCGGUCACUUCAAUCGACUCAAGUCGGGAAGGCUGCAUGGGAUGGUGCGGUCGACGGCGCUGAUUUGCAGCCUCAAACAGCUCGGGGCAAGGAUGCGGCGUGGUACAAAAAUGGACAAGGUGCAGCAACAGGUGAAUGACAAAGUCAGCGACCGUGAGAACGCCGACGACGUCUACACGGCGGUUAGGCAAUCCGUGGUGUCGGUGGUAACCGCGGCCGUGGCGUCCGGCUCUCUCAACCUGCGACCCAACUGUUUGGAACUGUUUCGUGGUACGUUUGUGUUGGGUGAAGACUCAUGGCCGUGGAUGAUAGACAUCGUGUCGGACGACCCGUGUUUAGCCGCAGACUGCAAAGAACGCGACCGGGUGGCGCCUGUGGCUACCCGCGUAGCCCGGAGCGUAGUCCAGGGCGUCGGCAUGAUGCUGGUCGAUAGAAGCCGUGGUUGGGCUACCCGGAUUGGCAUGUUCGACAUGGUGCAUGAGUGCCCGAUGACAGCCGGCGCCGGAUCGUACGCACCACAACUGUUCACCGCGUCCAAGAUGCUGGCCAGCAGGACCCACCGGCCACGCUUGACCACACGGGCGUCACGCAGCGACCCCUCGGACGGCUGUUUCCAUCAUCACUGGUGGAAUGACGACAACAUCCACACUUACGUUGAGAUGAUUAGCGCGGACGACGUGCAGGAUAAACUGCAGACGCCCUCUUUGGCGACCGAUCUACUGACGGAGAUGGCAGCAGCAACAGCGGAGGCGACAGCAAACGACGUGGAUCUGAUUGCCGGGUCAGCCGAAAACCACGGUCUUUGUGACCCACACGAAAGCCGUCGGUGUUUAAAGCUGUUGGACAAGCGCAAGACGAAAAUCGCGUCCGUUCAAAGGAUUUGCAAGACAAUCAUACGCCGAGACCGCAAUAAUAAGAAACGUAACUCGUGACGAAUUUCGGUGCUUGCUGCGUACAAUAUAAAUUAAUAAUGUAAUAUUAGGAAUGAUUAUUAUAAUAUCAUAUGGCUCGCCAGAACUUUAUAGCGUGAUACAUUUAAAGUUCUAGUAGUUCUACACAAUUUUGUUUGAAAAG